AUGAAGCUCAUGUUCUGGAAUGUCAGGGGUCUUCUCUCUUCACGUCGUAGACUCCGGAGAAUUGUGAGACGUGAAAAUCUUUCUCUUCUUGCUGUUUCUGAACCUCUUAUUUCACUUGAUCAAGCAGAUAUCUUGGCUCGAAUUUAUGCUAAACACAGUAGAGGUGAAAGACAGUGCCUCUGGAACCAAUUAAGCAGUAUUCUCUCACUGCCUAACCCUGUUCUAAUAGGGGGAGAUUUCAAUGUCAUUGCAGAAAUUGCAGAAUACAAGGGCAAUGCAACACCAGAUUUGAAUUCUAUAGCAGACUUCUCAUCCUUUAUUUCAUCCCACUCUCUUUUUGAUCUACCCACACUUGGAGGUACAUAUACCUGGACGGGAGUGCGGUCUUCUGGUACCGUUUGGAAGAGACUAGAUCGAUUUCUUCUAAAUGCAGAUUUCAGAGAUUUUUUCUCGGGUGUCACAGGAGUCCUUCUUAACAGAACUACAUCAGAUCACUCACCGAUCAUCUUCUCAGGCUGUAAUGCCAACAUGUCGGCACCUAAACAAUUCAGAUUUCAGAAGAUGUGGACUACUCAUAAGAACUUUCUCGACCUGGUACAAGCAAACUGGCAGGAACCUCAUGAAGGAUAUGGUAUGAGAGCCCUUGCUUUCAAACUUAAAAGACUUAAGUCGAAACUACGAGAUUGGAAUCGAUCAACUUUUGGCAACAUAUUUGAUAAGAAAUACACUAUAGGACAAUUUCUGAAAAAUACGGAGAAUAACCCCAAGGAGAGAGUCAAUGCAAUUGCCGCAAUCGAGGAGGAUAGCCAUGGAGGAUGUGAUGCUAUGGACAAGCCGAUUUCAGUUCUCUUUCUUCAGAGGAUAGAAUGA